AUGGCGUUUUAUCCACUGCAGAUUGCUGGGCUGGUUCUUGGGUUCCUCGGCCUUGUUGGGACUCUUGCCACAACCCUACUGCCUCAGUGGAGAGUGUCUGCGUUCAUUGGCAGCAACAUUAUUGUCUUCGAAAGGAUCUGGGAAGGGCUUUGGAUGAACUGCGUGCGACAAGGCAAGGUCAGGUUGCAGUGUAAGUUCUAUGGUUCCUUGCUGGCUCUGCCACCCAUUCUGGAAGCAUCACGCGCACUCAUGUGUGUGGCUGUUGCUCUGUCCUUGAUUGCUUUGAUUCUCGGCAUCUGUGGCAUGAGGCAGAUCCAGUGUACAGGCUCUAACGAGAAGGCUAAAGUGUACCUUCUGGGUGCUUCUGGAGCUCUCUUCAUCCUGACGGGCAUCCUUGUUCUGAUUCCAGUGUGCUGGACAGCCAAUAUCAUCAUCAGGGAUUUUUACAACCCAGCUGUCCCAGUAUCUCAGAAACGAGAGCUGGGAGCAGCACUCUUUCUCGGCUGGGCAAGCGCUGCUGUGCUUUUCAUUGGAGGAUGUCUUCUCUGUGGCUUUUUCUGCUGCAACAGAAAGAAGCAAAGAAGAGGAUGCCCAACACCAGCGCACUGUGUGCCUCACACAGACAGGCAAAGGAACACGACCCGUGAGCCUCACACAGACAGGCAAAGGAACACGCCCCGUGAGCCUCACACGGGCAAGCAAAGGAACGAGAUGGCAAAUAAUAAGACCACCAGUUAUGUCUAG